AUGGCAGCAGUCUCCCGAAAUAUGCAGAGCUCUGUGCCGUCAAGCUCUCCCAAUGGGCCAUCUAGCACCGCCACGGUCUUCGAGUUCAUGUGUCUUUAUACUCAUGACCUUCGCAGGAAGCAGAAACGCUGGCAAGAUGGCCGCCUCAAGUUUCAUGCUUUCAAUAAGCGGAUCAUGGUCCACGACGAGAGAGGCAACUAUAUCGGAGACACGCACUGGCGCGAGGACUACGAUUUUGGCGAAGGCGAGGAGGUCACGCUGGAACGCGGCGGCAUCAUGGUCCAGGCCGCUGAGUGCGUCGGCACCCGGAGCCAGGAUCUCUCGGAGCUUAUCGACAAACGAGUGCAGGAGAAGGCGCAGAGGCAGUCUGCAGCUAUUGCUCGCCACGCAGGCCUUUCGGCGCAAGGAAACUCGCCCAGUGUACCUCGAGCCGCAGCAUCGACGUUUCAGACUCGGCACACUCAUCUGAACAACCUAUUAGGCACUCCAAGUGGCCAUCACGGCCGCGCUUUGGUGCCCAAGGAAUCCCCGUUCGAGGGGCGACAAAGGUCGAAUCCAUUGCAGUCACAUGGCCAAUCCGAGGAGAGUCCCCAACCGGCCAAAAGACGCAAAAGGGAUAUAUCUCCUCCAAGCAAGACUGGGUAUGCGCAGAACCUCUUCGGUGCCACCUUGACUUUGUCUGGACGCCCUAUGAGCAGUGCCCCAGUGCGGCAUAGAUUGAACCCCUCACAACUUCAACCGCGUGAUCGUGAGCUGCCAUCCUCGUCAGGCAUCAGCAACCAGAACGAAGGCGAUCGUGAUGUGCUUGAAAUAGCGCAGCCGGUAGACACCAUGAGUUCAAAGAAGACGGGCCCGUUGUCUGACAAGGGUUCUACGGCCGUCAACAUUUCUCGAACUCAGUCCGACGUCUUGAUAGGAAGGGAUGCUCGAUCGAAGGCAAACGUUCCAUCAUUGUUGCUCCAAAGGAAUGCCACGAAUCGCAGAGAAGCUGGCCCGCCCAAUGAAAGUCCCGAGACGAGUAGUAUCAAACCCGAUGUAGCAAGUCAUCGACGAAAGGAUUCUCAACUCCCGCUUCAACGUACCUCUGUAGGGGACAAAUGUAGGAGAAAGUCCGACCCACUACAUUCUGUGGUAACAAGAGCUUCACCAACCGCUUCGAGUCAUCAGCCGAGCGAAAAGCCCCUGAAGAAGUCUAAAAGAAAUCAGCACAAGCCAAUCCCCGAGGACUUAGGAAGAGUAAACAAUAAGAAUCAGGCUACAGCUCGUCCUGGCUCCAUCGAAUCUAGUCUUUCAGACGAGGUGAUGGCCACUUCGGUGCAUCGUACGGCGGCACUGAGUGUAAAGCCUCCGCAGCCCCGAAUAGAGUUGCGUAUGAAGCCUAGCAAGAAAAGGGGGCUGCUCGUAUUAUCCGAGAAACAAGACGUAAAGAAAGCACGGAAGCCUAAGAGGUCUCGUACUGAUGACAGUCUAUCUCCCGUCACUCAUCAGACAGCACACAGCGAGAGCAGCGAAAUGACGGUUCUUGAAGAAGAUAUCGCCGCCCGCAGCGCAGGCCAAGUGCUAGACUCAGACAUUAUGGCUCGUCGGGACGGGGCUAAGCAUGCCUCGCGAAACACUGAAUUCUAUAGUGAAUCUGAUGUGGGGGCGAAUGAAGAAGAACCAACAGACUCUGUAUUAGCUUGUAUGCAAGUAACAAGGAGCGAAACAAGCAAGUCUCGCAAGGCAGUGGUAGAAGCUUGGAGGACAAAUGAGGAUAGCGAGGAACGGCAUGGUUUCCCUGAUAUGCCCAUUCACGGGCCCGUUCAAGGUGAUGCUGAAGGGCCACAGGCAAGGUCACAAGUCGAGGGCGAGAUAAUAUCGUCUACUCGGCAUACGGGCCGGCAUCACGACGGACUUAUCUCAGAUGACUCUUCGGAGAGGAAUAAAGAGCAUCAAAAGGGUGCAGGUGAGAUGAUCGGCCACAGAUCCGAGAGACCUCCUCCACGUCUUGCGCAGCUUUCUCGCAAGGGUAUACGGAGCAAGGAGGUCAUUGGGUUGUUCUUCGAUGACGACGACCAGCCUGCUCUUCACCAUCGCCAUCAAAAAGAGAUAGUUCUUGAUCACCAAGAAUCAAGACAGCAGCAGCAGAAACAGAAAGCCAUUGAUAAUAGAGAGGACACUGGGACGAAUGUGCAGCUUGCCGAAGAGCUGACUACCGAAUCAAGCCGGUUGGGGAUGCAGCGGCCGGAGUUCGGACAAGUAUACGACUCAGAGUCUCGAAAGGCUCCCGUAAUCGGAAGAGUUGCGCAUUCAACACACACUCAACCUGACCUUCCUGCGGUUGCAUCAGCACCAAGAGACGAAGCCUGCCUCCAGACACCAGGGACCGGACGUUAUGUGGAUACCGAGUCCCAACCGCGAAACAAACCAGAGCUCCUGAAUAGUGCACACAGUUUUGCAGCACAAGCUGCGCAGCUCGAUACAAUGUUUCCGAAAAGGCACAGUGUCUCUCAAGUCAAGUUCAAGAGCACUGCUAAAUUCACGUCUACAAGAGAGAAUGACUCUAUUCAAGCUGAUCCCAGAGAAUCUCAAGGAAUCGGCACGGAUUCAGGUACUCCUGAAGUCCAGACUCCAACUGGUUCUGUCCGGCAAACUGAACCGACCCUCGAGAAAUCUGGGCUACGUCGUACAGCCUCAUUGCCGGUUGCCAAGGACUCAAGCGAGUCAAUCAGUAACGGAAGUACAUUUGACUCAGCCAACAGAAAUUCUACGUCCGGAAGGGAUACGGAGUCAGGCAGCAAGCCUCGUGCUCAGUCAAAUGUAUCUCUACUGAAUUCUGAGCAAUUGCACCACAGCCACAUGCAGAAUGACGUGCAUGAGGAUGUUGUAGGCAAACAAAACACAAGUCAGUGGCCAGUACCGAGACUAGCAAAUCCUGCCACAAGAGGGAAGAAAGCUGCAAAACCAUCAGACGCAGCUGGUCAGCUGCUGGAAAGUAUAAUACCGGUAGAUGCAGGCGUGGGCGCUGCAAGACAACCCAAUAGAUCAUCGGUAUGUCCGACCGACAAGGCUGCCAAGCAAUCGACAACGAGCUUGCCAGGUUUCUCGAGAGCAAACGGGGGGCCAUGGAGCAGGGAAGCGUUUGAUUUAUUCGAGUAUAAGCGGCCAAGAUGA